CAGGGAGGGAGCUGCCGUCCGGUGGUGGUGGAGGACGUGACCCUGAAUGAGAACAUCCUCGGUAGUGCCAGCUCUGCUCUGCUUAAUGUUGGUUUCUUUGUCAUCAGGUCUGCUAAAAAAUGACAGAGUAUAAACUUGUUGUGGUCGGAGCUGGUGGUGUAGGCAAGAGCGCCCUGACAAUACAGCUAAUCCAGAACCACUUUGUGGAUGAAUAUGAUCCGACAAUAGAGGAUUCAUACAGGAAGCAAGUAGUAAUUGAUGGAGAAACCUGCCUCUUGGAUAUUCUUGAUACAGCAGGUCAAGAAGAGUACAGUGCAAUGAGGGACCAAUACAUGAGGACAGGGGAAGGCUUCCUCUGUGUGUUUGCUAUAAACAAUACAAAGUCUUUUGAAGAUAUUCACCAUUAUAGGGAACAAAUAAAGAGAGUUAAAGACUCUGAAGAUGUCCCAAUGGUGCUAGUAGGAAACAAAUGUGAUUUGCCUUCCAGAACAGUAGACACAAAACAAGCUCAGGAUCUAGCAAGAAGUUAUGGAAUUCCUUUCAUUGAAACCUCAGCAAAGACAAGACAGGGUGUUGAUGAUGCCUUCUACACAUUAGUUCGUGAAAUCAGAAAACACAAAGAGAAGAUGAGCAAAGAUGGUAAAAAGAAGAAAAAGAAGACAAAGACAAAGUGUAUAAUUAUGUAAAUACAAUUUAUCCUUAUUCUUAAGAAGUACUGAAGUAAUUUUGUACAUUACACUAAAUUAUUAGCAUUUGUUUUAGCAUUACUUUAUUUUCUGCUUCAUGAUCCUGUUAGCUUUACCUGAAUGCUUGUUUUAAAUGACAGUGGAAACUUCAUUCCUCUUGAAGUGCCAGUAUUCUUUGACUGUUGGUUCUUGAACUAGCAAUGCCUGUGAAAAAAAAAAAGCAAAAAAACCCAGAAAACAGAACAACAAAAAAAAACUACACACAAAACCCUGAGAACUGUCUUAGGACUCUUUGGUGCAUGCACAGUUGCUAACUUCCUAUUUUCUUACUGAUUGUGAACUUCUGUUCUGUGUGCAAACCAAACAAUGAAAUGAUGCUCUACACAUUCUAACAUCCCCUACAGAUCUUUGGGUCUAUAAAUCCCAUUGGGAAAAAGGACUAGUUUGCAAAAGAGACUUUCAUUUCAGCCUUUCCUUUAUUUUAGACUGAUUGCAAUAGAGAGAGACCAGAAGCCUUUAUAGUCUUCCUGUAGAUUUUUGCUUCUAGGCAUCUAAUCUUGUAGCAUUUCAGAUCAACUUUAAUGAAUGUAAAGAUAAAACUGUCAGAAAAAAAAAUUUUCACCACAAUUUGUCAUGGUCACUCCUUAAAUACUCUAUUUUUUCUAUAAAAACAUAAAAGAAAAAAUGA